ACCAAACCGCACUAGGGUUUAGGGGUUUGCAAGAAGCAAACGUUUUGCGCUGCUUUGUUUUGCAUCCAAUUGUCUAGGAGAGGGAGAGAGAUAGAGAGAGGAUGAUUCGAGGGGGGAAAAGCUUUGUUUCUUCGCCGCCGGCGUUCUCGAACGACGCCAAGAAACUGCUAGUAUGCGCCGGAAACACCGUCUCUAUCUUCAGCAUCUCCACUGGUUUACAGAUAGCAGAGUUGGAAGGACACAAAGCGCGGGUAACGUCGGUAAUAGUGGUGCCAGCUUCGGUUCCUGCAAAUAAAAUCUUGUGCUAUUGCUGGACCGCCUCGUUGGAUGGCACCAUUCGGUACUGGGAUUUUUCAGUGCCGGAACUGAUGAAAACCGUCGAUAUACGAUUUCCAAUUUUGUCGAUGCAGGUAAUUCCAAGUUUAUUCAGCCAACCAGCAGAGAACAAUGAAAAAACACCUGACCUUUUUGCAUAUGUGUCUACUGGAGAUGCAAAUCAACCAGACAAGAAGCAGGGUGCCUUACACGGACACAUUAGGAAAUGCAACUUAACUAAGUCUCGUUUAGCUGGUGGAGUGACUUUGGCUGAGACAAAAGAACCUGAAAGUAUAACAGUUUGUUCCUCUGGUAAGUUCUUUGGUAUCAAAGACAAACGUAAGCUUCGCAUAUGGAAUGUCCCAGGAAAAGAUGCUGAACGCAUUGAAGUUAAGAAGAUAAGGCUGCAUCAUACUAAAAACUUCACUUCUCUUGCGUUUCAUCCAACUGAAAGAAUUGUAGCGGCAGGGGAUGUAACUGGGCGGAUCUUAAUUUGGAGGGAUUUUGGUAAUAGAACAUUCUGUUCUAAUGACAAAACAAUAAAUGGAAGAUUGAUGAACAAUGACGAUGAAAGGCCUGGCGUUAGAGGGGAUGAUGAUGCCGAUUCAUGCUCUACAUGGCAUUGGCAUUCUGCAGGAGUAAAGCUUCUCCUUUUUUCUUCUGACGGUGCCUAUCUGUAUUCAGGUGGAAGAGAAGGAGUCCUUGUGGUAUGGCAGCUAGACACAGGAAAGAAGAAGUUUCUACCCCGAAUUGGGUCCCCAAUUUUAUCUUUUAUAAAUUCUCCAGAUCCUUUACUUUCCUCUAUAUCUUGUGCGAAUAAUCAAAUUCAUAUAGUAAAGAUGUCUUCAAUGGAGAUUCUGAAGUCUAUUGAUGGGAUCAAGCCUCCUUGUCCAAUUCCAGAGGUUUAUGAAGGCUCAUGUAGUGGUUUUGUCUUUGAUUCCACUGCUGGGUUGGUUGCUGUCCGUGCUGAGAAUUACUGCAUUCAAUUCUACAGCUUGUUUGAUGACCGGGAAAUUUCAGAGGUUCAAAUUUGUGAAAGAAACCAUCAACCUGGUGAUGAACUCACGCUGGUUAUAACUUUGUUAGCCCUCUCUCUGGAUGGCUGUGUCAUGAGUACUGUCGAAACUAGACUAUCAGAAGAAGGAAUGGGAGGCCUCGUCAGUCUCAAGUUUUGGACAUGUGGAUCACAGAAGAAGAAUUUCAGCUUGUCCACCAUUGUCUAUGAACCACACAGGGAGUCGGGUGUUUCAUCUAUUGCUUUCCAUCCAACACAUCGUAUGGCUGUCAGCACUUCCCGUGGUGGUGACUUCAAGAUUUGGGUUGGCAGUAAUGAGAUGCAGUGCAAAGCUCAAAUGCAGCAGAAAGCAGGCUGGACAUGCCAUGCUGUUGGUUCAUACAAGAAAAAACCCAUGACAGCUGCUGCAUUUUCUGCUGAUGGUUCUGUCCUGGCUGUUGCAGCAGAAACUUUUAUUACAUUGUGGGAUCCUGAGAAGAAUGUUCUUGUGGCUGUAAUUGGCGAUGGUUUAGAGCCAAUUGUCAACCUGUCCUUUGUUGGGCAGUCAGAAUAUCUCGUGUCUGCAAGCCAAGGUUCAAACGCUGGGGUAUCUGUUUGGAGUAUGUCAAAGCUUUCUGUAACCUGGUCAUAUAAGCUUCAAGCAGAAGCUGUAGCGUGCACAGAUGAUGGUUCUUCCUUUGCUGUUCUUGUCCAUCUUCCUGAAUCAUCUAAACUAAGAAAGUCUUUAGGAAGUGAAGAUGGGGCAAUUUUAUUAUUUAAGGAUCAAGACCCAGUACCUGCUGGCACCUGGUUUGUAAAGAAGGCCCUGGGUGGGGGGAUUGCUUUCAUUCAUCAAACGAAUCCAGUUGCCUUGGAGGAGAAAUCAGAUGAAGAUCCAUCAUCUCUACUACUUGCAUAUGUAAAUGCUGAUCAUGAAUACAUCCUCUUUGAUCCAUAUGGGGAACAAGCAUCUGAGCAGGGAAUUGUUCGAGGGAAAAGUUUAGCUGCCUUUCAGGAGACUGGCCAAUUUGGCUAUGCUUCAAUCUACGGAGAGUUACCAGAGUUUAAUUUGAAGAGAGAUCAGACUCCAGCUAUCCCAUUUGCACCAUCUGAAAGGCCCUGGGAGACGAUAUUCAGUGGAUCAUCUCAUAGCCUUCCUCCUCUUACCAAAUUAUGUUCAUCAUUUUUGGAGUCGCUGCUGGAAAAGAGAACUGCAGUUAUGGAGUAAGCAAGUCUAUUUUAUGUUUGAUGAGCAGCACCCACUUUCUCCCAGAUGUACUUCAUCAAGGAAGAGGUAUGAUUGAUUGGUAGAUUUAUGCAUUCUGUUCGUGCAAGAUGUUGCAAAAAUCACGAAACAAUUUAGUAUGAAGCAAGCAGCAGUUCAAGAGCUUUAUCUCUGGGAGAAUCUCACUCUAUCAACACAUUGACCAUCUGGAUCUAUUUCAGAACAUAAAGAAAUUGGAUCUUAUGCUUUAGAAAUAUCGUUAUUUCAAAUUGGUGGACCACCCGAAGAUCCUCUUGCUGUGAGGAUUGGGUCAUUUGGGAGGGCUACACUGGUCCCUUGUGAUAUCUACAAGGGCAGUUUUGCCGUAGGGGAUAUUAUGCCCCAUUUAAGUUAGAUGAGUAGUUUGUUCUAUGAGAAUUGAGAAACUUCCUAUUUUUAUAGAUUAUUUUUGUAAUAGUUCGAUUGUAAAUUUAACAGAUGCCAAGCGAUUAUUAUGUUGCACAUGAGGGAAAGGGGUAGGUCUUGGAAGGUGAUGAUCCCAUAUUUGGUCUGUACCCUUUCCACAGAGACAUCUAAUGGUUUAUCAAAUCUCUUCACCAUUUAUCACAGUUUUUACAAGCAGGGCAAUGGGAAUUAGCCCUGGUUUGAGUA